UGCAACUCUUUCGCGCUUUGAGUAAAAAAAAUAAAAAAACGUGAACGCCUCACACUGCAGGUUCGUUGAGUUGUUCGCAAAAAAAGUAAACGCAUGCGGCUCGGACGAGAUGAAUUUAGUCUCCCCCCUCCCUCACCCAUACUCUUAAAAAAAAACAAACGGAAGCGAUAUUAGGAGGCAAAAUGUUGCUGUUCGCUGUUUGCAGUUUUUACGACGGACAGCAGUCGCUUUGCGUCUUAUGUAACUCGGCCUGAGCGGCGUCGGGGAGGAAAGAGGGAUCUGCUGCUGCUGAAUGAGAGAGGAGGAGGAAAAAAAAAGAAGAGAGAGCAGCACCGCUUUUGAAUUCACAUGGCAAUUCACAUUUAGGUUAGGACACCCACCAACGCCACGCUAAUACAAAUUGGGAGUGCAGGGGAGGGGGGGUGCGCUGCUACCGGGAACAGCUACCGCUUUGAUUUAGUUUGAAGCCAAACAACAAGAAGGGGACGUGGAGUGACUCUGUCGCCUCGGAAGAAGUUUUGAGGAGACAGCUGUAAUUCAGGACCUAAAUCAGAGCUGACACAAUAAAAGAAGAGCGUGACCCGGCCUACGGUUUCUUAUACGGACCCAACGACUCGCAUGGCAAAGCGAGCUGCGACAGCCCCGGACUGAAGGCAGCUGGUGUCGGCGGCAGACUUUUUGUAAACACGAAGUGAACGAGCUGAACGUUUACUGCUGAUGUUCACGGACCUGUGUGGAGCGGCGUGGACCUGAAGGAAUGGAGGAGUACUAGUUUGGGUCUGACGCCUGCUUCCUGUUUUCCAUCCCUUUGUUGUGGAGUACAGCGGGACGGCAGUGGAACUGCGGGAGUGAAUAAAUCUGGCUAAUCAGAGUUGAUGCUAAAGCCGGGAGUGAGCCAUCAUGUUUUUAUAACCCGAUGAUCAACAGAGAGAUGGUAAGGAAGAAGAAUCCCCCCAUCCGGAGUGUUGGAGGUGAAGAAGAGGAGGAAGAAGAGGGGAAGAAGCCGACGGGAGAGGAAGAAGAGGAAGGAGAGGAGGAGGAGAGAGUGGGAGCCGAGGCCGACCGAAUCAACCGACCCUCCGAGCCGGAAUCCUCCGAACGAAUCCGAGGGGAUGAGGAUGAGGAGGAGGAGGAGGAAGAGAGUGAGUGCAUCCCCUCGUUCGUCUCCCCUUCCUCCGAGUGCGGCGGUGUUGAGGAGCGAGCGGGGAGGACCGGAGGGGCGCGGGCUAAACGGGCCGGAGCGAUGUCGGCCGAGGGGCUCGAGAGCCAGUUGGAGCCGGACGACGGGGAGGAUGGGGAGCGGAGCUGCGGGGACGGAGGGAAUUGCCUCACCCCUCCCCUCGCCACGACCCCCCAGCUUCUUCCCAGACAGGAAGGAAGGGAGGGGCUGGCGAACGACACCCCUCCGCUGUCAUUCAGCCCCUCGCCCAAACUCCAGGACUUCAAGUGCAACGUGUGCGGUUACGGUUACUACGGCAAUGACCCCGCUGACCUGGUGAAGCACUUUAGGAAGUAUCACCUGGGUCUGCACAACCGCACACGGCAGGAUGCAGCUCUCGACACACAGAUCCUGGCCCUCCAUAACAUGGCCCCCCAACUCACAAACUUAGACAUACAGACGGGACAGGGACAGAGGAGUCAAACCAAAGACUUUGGGAAGACGAGGGCCGAUGCACAGACUCAGCAGCAAAGGAUGGUCAUGAUGAACGGCACAUACGAUGUUCAGGUGACGCUGGGUGGCACGCUAAUAGGCAUCGGCCGCAAAACCUCUGAUUGCCAAGGGAACACUAAAUACUUCCGCUGCAAGUUCUGCAACUUCACAUACAUGGGCAGCAACUCCUUGGAACUUGAACAACAUUUCUUGUCCUCACAUCCCAACAAAGUCAAAAGUCCACCGACCACCCCACUGCUGGCCGUCAACAACCUGGCGACGGCGCAUGACAACCAGUUUAAGGGGAGGAGUCAGAUCGCGGACGGGGCGGAGCGAGUGGCGAUUCGAGCCGAGGACGACUCCUUGGUCGGGUACUUCAUCCCAGUCAGGGGGUGCUCGGACUCACCGGGCUGGGCGGGGGAAGCGGGCCGAGGCGCGGCGGGGGGUUACUAUUUGUGUAAGUUUUGUAGCUGGAGUUGUGAGUGGUCCGGGGGCUCGGUGAAGCUUUUGGAGCACUACGAACAAAGACACAGAGUGGGCGCAGGGGAAGCUAUAAGCCCCAAAAACUUGACUCUUGUUAGAAUGGACAGAGAGAGGGAAAAAGGGGGAAGAAAAGAUGGAAGCGAUAACAUGGCAUCCAAAGGACGUAAAGAUCAGCUGUCCAGUCCUUUCACCACCAGCCAAGGAGACUCAAACAGCAGCGACUCUGAAGCAGUCGUGACCAGCUAUAACUGUCAGUUGUGUGAUUUCCGUUACUCGAUGGCGCACAGCGCGGAUGUGAUCAUCGUGGCUCCGUUGCUGCUGCACUACCAGCACAACCACUCCAUCCACCGCUGCUGCAUCCAGCACUGCGCGUACUGUCCUCAGGGGCUCUGCCAGCCACAGAAACACCUGGGGGAGGUGUCCCACCCGUUUGCUUGUCGGAGGUCUACCUGUCCUAAAUGCUGCUCAAAGUUCCCUCAGCUCGCCAAACAGCAGGAUGCCAUCAGUUCCAAACCCGCCGCCUCCACCUCACCGUGCGCCACCCCUCCUAACCCAAGAGGUGACCCUGGUGUGAUUUCUGCUUCAACCUUUCACCCCUCUAACCCAGCACAUCCUGUUGUCACGCAAGGAGUCACCCAUUUGUGCGACCAGUGUGCGUUCGCCACCGCCGACAUCGAUGUGUUGCUGCAACACUACGAAAGCUGUCAUACCCUGAUCAACCUAAAGGGGGCGACCCCACAGGUCAAGUCUGAGGAGGAAGGUGGGGGAGACAAGGACGGCGGGAGAGGAGGAGCGGGAGAGAGGCAGCACUCCUGCACUAAGUGUAACUUUAUCACCGAAGUGGAGGAAGAGCUUUUUAGACACUACAGGCGUGUCCACGCAUGUUGCCGUUGUCGACGCUGCGACUUCACGGCGCCCGAUUCGUCGGCCCUCCUCGAUCAUUUCAAUUCCGCCCACUGUCACGAGUCGUCUCCUGCCUUAGGGUCCCUGCCCACCUCGCUGACACCUUCACUAACUCUGUCUGCCAAUGGCUGCUCAGCUCCCUCCACCUUAGCCAUUAAAGAAGAGAGCAAAGGGGACUUUCGCCUCCUCUACUCCCUCGCCCCACCUGAGGGACGCUUGGCAGAAGGAGGCAGGGAGGAGGCAGGCGGGGUGGUGAAAAGCGAGGGAGCUGAGGAGAAAGAGCGGGAGAAGGGCUGGGUUCUCGGGGAGACGCGAGGACCGGGUGAAAGAGGAGGCGAGCAGGCCCACGGUUUACUCUGGGUGCCUAAGGAGCGAAUGGGACCCGAACGAGGGGUGGAAAGAGGAGCAGGGGGCGGAAGCCCCUCUCUAUUCCCUUCCCCGCUCCCGUUGUCUUUCGUUGCAGCCAAUCACGAGGCCUCGCAGCAGAAAAGAGGGGUGGCUUCACCUAGCAUGGUUUACCUGGGAGACACCAAGCCGUUUUUGGGAGAUACCAAGUUGUUUUUGGGAGACGCCAAGCUGUACGGAGGAGGGCGAGCAGGGGGGGCUGCCACAGGAACAGGAGGAGGGGAGAAGCAGAGCCAGAUUCACCCUCAACAGUUCGCAGGUGGAGGUGGAGGGAGUGGAGGAACACAGGAGGGGAAGGGAGGAGCCACAAAAGAGGAGUCCCAAUCCCUGCUGAGGCGGCGCAGAGGUAGUGGGGUUUUCUGUGCAAACUGCCUGACCACCAAGACAUCACUGUGGAGGAAAAACGCUAACGGGGGCUACGUCUGCAACGCGUGUGGUUUAUACCAAAAACUACAUUCAGUAAGUCAUUAACACACAAAACUAUAGGGUGUCUUUGCAAUAUCGACUUCCUUAGACAAACUACAAAAACACAUUUGCACAUGAAAGUUUUCGCUCUGAUAAAAUCAGCGAAGAAAUCCCCGAGACUCUGCUGCAGAACAGAACAGGGAGAAAAACAUAGUUAUCCCGUAUGCUGCUGAAAAACAGGAGGAUUUUCUCCAAACACAAGAUCCCGGUUUAUUUUAAACCCAACAGGACCCUCAAACAGUGGCCGGUCCAUCCCAAGGACAGAACCCCUAAAGCCAAGAUGAGUGGUGGGGUGCGUGCUGUUCAGUGCACUGAGGAAUGCUCACACCUCUAUAUAAGCAGCCUCUCCAGAGACACAUGACUCAGCACAGGAGAGCAGGUCUUCAGGACAAGACUCAGCUUUCCACCUACAUCUUAGGAUAAGGGACACUCUUUUGAAGACUAAAAUGUUGAAACUUGAUAUCAUAAGCAAGAGCUGAAUAUGUUAGAUUAUUAAUCUUGUUUGGCUGUAUUUUUUUCUUAUUUCAAGAAGUUUUACCAAGGC